AGAGGCAUCGUUGCUUUUCAUCCGCUUGCAUCAGCAAGACAAUAGCUCCGGAAAGAAACUAAUUACUUUUCGAAGUGAGAAGACAAACACACGCACAUACACAGAGAGAGAGAGAGAGAGAGAGAGAGAGAGAGAGAGAGAGAGAGAGAGAGAGAGAGAGAGAGAGAGAGAGAGAGAGAGAGAGAGAGAAAGAGAGAGAGAAAGAGAAAGAAUCAUGUAUUUGCUGCCGUUGCUGUUGUCGGCCUGGUGGACCGAUUUCGAUCGUCCUCAUCGUAUGAUGGAUCAGAAUCUCGCACUCGCAGGCUUUAACCCUGACGAGUCCAUCCUAUCGCGUCCUCUCGAUCGCUAUUACCCGAGCUUGCGAGAUCAAACGAUUUUGGACCUUUACUAUCGCCCUUGGAUGGAUGUGAUGCGUCGCAAGAACGGCGCCGCUAUGAUGGGUAUUGCCUCUGACAAUGAUAACUUCAAAGUCAUCAUCGACGUGCGGCAAUUCAAGCCAGAAGAGGUUAACGUCAAGGUAGUGGGUCGUUGUAUCGUCGUUGAAGCCAAGCACGAGGAGAAGCGAGAUGAACACGGCAGCAUCUCUCGUCAAUUUUUGAGAAAGUACCUGUUGCCGGAUCGAGCGGACCUCGACCAAGUGUCUUCGAGCAUAUCCUUGGAUGGUAUAUUGAUCAUCACGGCGCCGCUGAAGAAAGAAUCUGAGGAGCCGAAGGAGAGGGUGAUUAAGAUUCAGCAGACUGGCCGGCCGGCUCUUCGUGGUGGCGGCACCGUGGACGAAGAUCGCAGCAGCACCACCACCGAGUCUAGCGCGACGACCAGAAUUGAGAAGGACAACAUCGAGGACAACGAGAUCCGGGAGGAAUUGACAACGCAGGGCCAGGAGAAGGGUGCGAAGCCCGAGAAGUAGCGGAUUCAAUUAUGAGUAAUCAUGCGAUGCGCGUAGAGAUGCGCGUUGCAUUCAUACUUUAUUGUCACUCAUGCGGUACAGAGGCUGACACAAUAGCUUUCCCAACGUUUACUCUGUAAGCGUUGCAACGAUUUUCAAUGAUGCAUUUUUUCUUUUUUCUUUUUUUUCUUUUAGGCACGCAUGCGCGUGCACACGAUUGAAAAUUGUAGUCGAUAUAUGUUAGGGCUCAUGUUUCGCCCAACUCUGUAUAACAUUUAAUUAUUCCAUCGUCGCUGACUGAUGACUAUGUUCUUGUGGUGACGGAAUCUCCUCGCGUAUCUCGUGAAUUAUGCAAAUUUUAUCCUCAAAACGUCGAGCAAUAUUAUAUUUCCGUCGCGAGAUCAUUGUUCGCGUUUGAUACGUUCAGAUAACUGGAUCUAUACACACGUGAACGAGAAAUUUGCAAUCGAUACUUUAACAAAUUAUAUCGCAUCUUCGCACUGAUUGAAUUUAAUGACUGGUUGUAUUUCUUAUGAUUGUACGAAUUUUUGUACGAAUGUUUAAAUAAAAAGUCUUAUUUCCAAA